CAGCAACAGCAGCAGCAGCGGCAGCAGCAGCGACAGCGGCAGCAGCAGCAAUGGACGAGGGCGAUCGAUGUGAUCCGUGGUGCGUUCAAUGCCACACUUGGAGAACAUUGAAUUGUGUUCAGUAACAGCAUAGAGAGAGAGAGAGAGAGAGAGAGAGAGAGAAAGAAAGAGGGGGUAUACCCCACGGUCGAUGCCUAUAUAGCCAGUCACGAACGCAACAGAUCGUUUCAGUCGUUGUCUCUCGUCUCAGGAUUUGUUCGCUUCCUUUUUUUUUUCGUCUAUCACACGCCUCCUCGGAUUAGCCUCGAUUUUCCCGAGGCUUCGCGAUCUCGCGAUCUCCCGCGAUGUCCACAGUCACGAUUUAAUCGAACGACCGUCUAGACGACCGUUGAGCCGAUUAGCUUCGAUCGAUUCGGUUAUCGCGAUCUAAGAUCGCAAGCGGCGCCUGCGAAAGGAGAGGUAACGAGGCGUGAUAACGAGUUCGUUCGUUCCUCGACGAGCGCAGAGAUCAGGCAUCUUCAGCAUGUUCAUCGGGACGUAGAACGCCAUCGUCGGAGCGGAAGCUGAGGUGGAGUUCCGCAUAAACGAGUGCUCCCGUUUAAAGUACAAGCAUUUUGUUUUGCCGCACCGCGGCGGACAACCGGGCGUCCUGAUUGUGCGCGCGUGGCGCAGCAUCUCGAAGGCUGGAUCUCAAACGCAGCGGCCGCCACGCGAAGAAAGUGCUACCUCCACUCUUCUCCCGGGGAACUUCGGAGAUCUCGGUCGACAGCGAGAUGCCGCCGCAGGAGAAGUUCCCGGCGGCCGGUGAGGUCCCCGGGAACCUGUCCCCGCAGGACCUGAGUCCUGACGGAGGUCUGUCGGCCUCGGCCUCGUCCGACGGACUCUCGUCCGUCAAGGGCCGCAAAAGCGGCGACGAGCAGGACGACCAGGAGCCCAAAGACAUGGACUUCGAUGACCUCCUGCCGCACGUAGGUGAAUUCGGCACUUACCAGAGGAUCCUGUUCGUGCUGAUGAUACCGUUCGCCUUCUUCGUCGCCUGGGUGUACUUCUCGCAGAUAUUCAUCACCCUCGUGCCGGAGGAGCACUGGUGCCGUGUGCCGGAACUGGAGAACCUCACGGUCCAAGAGAGGAUCGCCCUGGCGAUACCACCCGGCGAGAAUGGUUACUCCAAGUGCACCAUGUACGACGUGAAUUACACGGAGAUCCUGUUGGACGGGAUCAGGGAGGCGGAUCCGAGCUGGCCGACGAGGGGUUGCUCGCACGGCUGGGAAUUCAAUUUUACUGACAUCCCCUACGAGACCGUGGCGACCGAGCUGGGAUGGGUGUGCGAGCACAGUGCACUGCCGACGACUGCCCAGAGCGUCUUCUUCAUCGGCGCGAUCUUCGGCGGCCUGAUCUUCGGAUGGAUCGCGGACAGAUAUGGUAGAAUACCGGCGCUGGUCGGCGCCAAUGUCACCGGUUUCCUAGCGGGUGUCGCGACCGUGUUAGCCGGAAGUUUCUGGGAGUUUGCGCUGUGCCGAUUUUUCGUUGGCUUUGCCUUCGACAAUUGCUUCACCAUGAUGUAUAUCCUGGUAUUGGAAUACGUGGGACCAAAAUGGCGCACUUUCGUGGCGAACAUGUCGAUAGCUCUGUUCUUCACGUUUGCUGCCUGCAUCUUACCCUGGAUCGCGUAUUUCCUGGCCGACUGGAGGAUGACUUGCAUCACGAUAUCCGUUCCCCUAGUUCUGGCAGUGGCGGCACCCUGGUUGGUACCGGAGAGCGCGAGGUGGCUUGUCAGUCAAGGCCAAGUGGAGAAGGCAAUUAGAAUCCUGGGUAAAUUCGAACACAUCAACGGCACGAAAGUACCCGAGAACGUCUAUCAGCAAUUCCGCGAAACCUGCGCCAGAGUAUGCAAGGAACAAGAGGCGGACAAAACUUAUUCCGUGGUGGAUCUAUUUAAGAGUCCACGUUUGCGAAAUAUUACGAUUCUCCUCAUCAUUAUUUGGAUGGCGAUAUCGCUGGUAUUUGAUGGUCACGUAAGAAACGUGAAUAAUCUCGGACUCGACGUCUUUGUAACGUUUACCAUCGCGGCAUUUACCGAACUACCCGCCGACACAUUUCUCACCCUCGUUCUCGAUCGAUGGGGUAGACGAUGGCUGGCCUGCGGUACCAUGGUAAUUUCCGGAAUUUUCAGUAUUUGGGCGAGCGCAGUUUCAAACAGUAUUUAUUCGGCUACUUUAGCGAUCGUCGGCAGAUUUUGGGUCAAUAUUUCGUAUAACAUUGGUCUUCAGUAUGCGGCCGAGGUGUUGCCGACGGUUGUGAGGGCUCAAGGAGUUGCCUUGAUCCAUAUAAUGGGAUAUGUUGCCAGCAUUCUUGCACCCUUUGUCGUUUACCUGGAUGUUGUCUCUCCGAUUUUGCCACUGUUGGUUCUCGGCAUCAUGGGCGUUUUGGGCGGUCUCCUGACGCUCCUGUUGCCGGAGACCCUCGAUAAGGAUCUGCCACAGACCUUGCAAGAUGGUGAAGAUUUUGGAAAGGAUCAGAAAAUAUGGGACAUGCCGUGUCUCUCGAAGUAA